AAUAAGUCCGCGUGUUAGAAAUCGAGAUUGUCUAACUUCAGUAUUAUGUAGUGGCAAAUACAAAACACUGAAGUAACUAAAACAAUAAUAUGAAGACUGAUAUCGAUACCUAUCUAUCUCUAUAGUUACAUUGUAAAACCAGAUCAAAAUGGCUGCUCCUGGUCACUACCCCCUCCAGUCUCAGGCAUCGGCACCUGCGAGUUACCAGUCCCUCCAGUCCGGACAGCAGCCGCCACCGCCGAUUCAUCCGACCAUGUCACAGGCACCGAUGAUGUCGCCAACCAAAGAAGUGAAUGCCAUAACAGUCUGCCGGCUCGGUCAGGACUGUGUUCACGAUAUUGUGCAGAAAGCCCAGGAUGUGUUCAAGGUCCUGGCUAAGGGAAUUCAGCUUCCCAAUGGACUGAACGCGACGCCACAGUUAUUUCAGGAGCGCAGGCUCCACCUGGAGGAACAGCUGAAACUUAUGCUGGUGUUGUUCCGAAAACUGCGCGCCAUCUCGGACAAAGUGGACGAAUCAUCUACACAGAUUGAGGAACCCUUGGAGGAGCAGUUAAUCCCAUACGUUGGGUCGCAGAUUGAGAAUGAGGCGACGAAUUCUGAAGUUUACCGAGUUGUGGUGGAUGAACACAGAGAGGUGGUUGAGCAAGUGCGACUGAAAAACCAAGAACUAAAAGAUAUCAUUGAUCAAAUCAGAACAAUAAUCUGGGAGAUUAACACCAUGAUUACAAUGAGAAAAACAUGAAAAUGUUUCGUGUACAUAUUUAUUAAAAAAUCUCAUCCAGUGGCGUAACUAAAGGGAGAUAACCAGAAAAAACCCUGAAUAAAACCUUUGAAUGUUCAUGGUCCCAGAGAGAACUUGUCAGAUAUCCAGCAUAAAUGAUGUUUACAAUAGUAUCAUUGUUAUCAGGCAUCACCUAAUCAGGUGAAGUUACCAAAAACAUUGCUUUGUUCAGCCCGACUUUCGACUCAUUGUCAAUGUGGAAAAAUCCAUGUCGCCUUGUAAAAAUAGUAGAGGCCACAUGCAUUGUACAGUUGUGGAUGAAUGGUAAAAAACAUUUAAAAAAAAUAGUUGUGAACAAUUAAAUAUAGAUUAUCGUUGAGACUUUGAAGCAAUGAUGUGGCAGAAAGACAAAACCAUGCGAUUGGAUCAGGAAUAUGCCUAGCCCAGACUGUACCAGUGCCAGGCACUGAAAGUAAAAUGUGCUAUUGAUUUUUUAAUCAUAAUUUUUAGUAGUCGCAUUGUUUAUUUUGUAUACUUCUUCCGCGUUGAAGCUAUAGUUGAUCAUGCUUUAGAUUUGGAGUCAGGUUGUGGUUGUGGAACCCCAAAGCUUGACAGCCAGUGUUGCUCCAUUCGGCCAGUGCUUUAUCCUGGCUUCAUCGUAGCGGGGGCAGAAUUGCAGGAUGUGCUCUGGGAACUGUGGUCUUGUUUGACAUGGACAUUCAUUUUGUAUACAUAUAAAUCUAAUAAAUAUUUAAAAUUCA